CCCUUUCUUUUCCCUUUUUCACGUUUGCGUGAGUACGUGUACUCCGAGUUUUGUUCAACAAAAUUGUAUUUAACUCUCUUUUAUUUCCUCUAUUUGCAGCGGUCGUGUAAAACAGUUUUUGCAAACAAAUCCAGCCAUGGUGCGUAUGAACGUAUUGGCCGAUGCCUUGAAGUGCAUAAACAACGCCGAGAAGCGUGGCAAGCGGCAGGUGCUGCUGCGUCCCUGCUCCAAGGUGAUCAUCAAGUUCCUGACCGUGAUGAUGAAGCAUGGCUAUAUCGGCGAAUUCGAGAUCGUCGACGAUCAUCGUUCCGGCAAGAUCGUUGUCAACCUGACCGGUAGGCUAAACAAGUGCGGCGUCAUCUCGCCCCGCUUCGAUGUGCCCAUCAACGACAUCGAGAAAUGGACCAACAAUCUGUUGCCCUCGCGUCAGUUUGGUUACGUUGUGCUCACCACCUCUGGCGGCAUCAUGGACCACGAGGAGGCUAGGAGAAAACAUUUGGGAGGCAAAAUUCUCGGCUUCUUCUUCUAGAGAAACCAAGUUCGCAUCGUAGAGAGUCUGUAUGUGCUGCUAAGGAGUUUGAUAUGUAGAUUGACGUUUUAUUUCACCGACCAUGCAACCAACUAUGUACUUUGUGCACAGGAAACAAGGGGCGAAAACGCUGCUACGUUCAUUCAGAAAACAAACGACGAUGAAUGUUCACAAAGUUACGCGAAAUAAAAUGAUUGAUACAUAAUAAUUUUAAUAACGAUUUUGUCUACGAUCCAUAUACUAUGUUAAGCGGUACAGUGAUAAAUCAAUAGCGACAGUAAAACGAUCUGUUAACAUAAAACCCAAUUUGUGUAUAAUAUAACCUCGACCGGAGUUACUUAUAGCUGG